CGGGGAAGGGGAGGGAGGAGGGGGACGGAGGCUCUGGUGGCUCUGGAGGAGUAGAACAUCGCGGGGUGUUUGGGCUUUCCCCUCCUCUUCCCAAAAGGCAAAAACAAAAACGCCAACGGAGGAGCUGUCCUCCCUCGCCCUCGCUUCACCUCGCCGGCUCCGAAUGAGGGGAGCUCGGAUGUCCGGUUUCCUGUGAGGCUUUUACCUGACACCGUCGCCUUUCCCCGGCACUGGCUGGGAGAGCGACUUGCAAAGUUGGGAACCCAGAGCCCCGGACUCGCUCCCGCCGCCUCCGGCUCGCCCAGCGGGGGGUCACGGAGAGGAAAUCGGGGGGGAAAGGGGACGAGGAGAGGACUUCUGCAUCGCUGGGGCGCCCGCGCCCCCACCCCUGGCCCCGCUAGCGGACCGGUCCUUCCACCAUGCACUUGCUGGGCUUCUUCUCUCUGGCGUGUUCCCUGCUCGCCGCUGCGCUGCUCCCGGGUCCGCGCGAGGCACCCGCCGCCGCCGCCUUCGAGUCCGGCCUCGGCUUCUCCGACGCGGAGCCGGACGGGGGCGAGGUCAAGGCAUAUGCAGGCAAAGACCUGGAGGAACAGUUGCGGUCCGUGUCGAGUGUAGAUGAGCUCAUGACUGUUCUCUACCCAGAAUACUGGAAAAUGUACAAGUGUCAGUUAAGAAAAGGAGGCUGGCAACACAGUAAAGAACAGCCCAACCUCAACACAAGGACAGAAGAGACACAAAAAUUUGCUGCAGCACAUUAUAAUGCAGAGAUCCUGAAAAGUAUUGAUAAUGAGUGGAGAAAGACUCAAUGCAUGCCACGUGAGGUGUGUAUAGAUGUGGGGAAGGAGUUUGGAGCAGCAACAAACACCUUCUUUAAACCUCCAUGUGUGUCCGUCUACAGAUGUGGGGGCUGCUGCAACAGUGAGGGGCUACAGUGCAUGAACACCAGCACAGGCUACCUCAGCAAGACGUUGUUUGAAAUUACAGUGCCUCUCUCUCAAGGCCCCAAACCAGUAACAAUCAGUUUUGCCAAUCACACUUCCUGCCGAUGCAUGUCUAAACUGGAUGUUUACAGACAAGUUCACUCAAUUAUUAGACGUUCCCUGCCAGCAACAUUACCACAGUGUCAAGCAACCAACAAGACUUGCCCCACAAAUUAUAUAUGGAAUAAUCACAUCUGUAGAUGCCUGGCUCAGCAAGAUUUCAUUUUUUCCUCAAAUUCUGGAGAUGACUCAGCAGAUGGAAUCCACGACAUCUGUGGGCCCAACAAGGAGCUGGAUGAAGAGACUUGUCAGUGUGUCUGCAAAGGGGGGCUUCAGCCUGCCAGCUGUGGACCCCAUAAAGAACUAGACAGAGACUCCUGCCAGUGCAUCUGUAAAAACAAACUUUCCCCCAGCUCAUGUGGGGCCAACAGAGAAUUUGAUGAAAACACAUGCCAGUGUGUAUGUAAAAGAACCUGCCCAAGAAAUCAACCCCUAAAUCCUGGAAAAUGUGCCUGUGAAUGUACAGAAAAUCCCCAGAAAUGCCUCUUAAAAGGAAAGAAGUUCCAACAUCAGACGUGCAGUUGUUACAGAAGGCCAUGCAACCGACUGAAACACUGUGAGCAGGGAUUGUCAUUUAGUGAAGAAGUGUGUCGCUGUGUCCCUUCAUAUUGGAAAAGAUCACAUAUAAACUAAGACUGUCCUGUUUUCCAGCUCAUCAUUUUUCUAUCAUGAAAAACUGUCUUCACAUUAGAACUGUCUAUGAACAGAGAGACCCUAUGGGGCAGGGGUGACAAAGACAGAAGUCUGUGUUCCUGAACCAUGUGGAUAACUUCACGGAAAUAGACUGGAGCUCACCUGUAAAGUGCCUCUUUCAAAGACUGGUUUUCUGCCAAUGACCAAACACCUGAGGUUCUUCUCUUGUGAUUAAAAAAAAAAAGAAAGAAAGAAAAAAGAAUGACUAUAUAAUUUAUUUCCACUAAAAAUAUUGUUUCUGCAUUCAUUUUUAUAGCAAUAACAAUUGGUAAAGCUCACUGUGAUCAAUAUUUUUAUAACAUACAAAAAUAUGUUUAAAAUAAAAUGAAAAUUGUAUUAUAAGUUG